GUUCUUAAAGCGCAUGAAAACAGUUCGGCACAUUUAGAGGCUGCGUUGCAGAGCAUGUGCGUUUACAAAGUAAAAGCGGCGCAUGUAGUUUUGCGAGGACCUUAGAUAAUUUCUACAUUAUUUCAUCAUGGCUAAAACGGGUAAAAAGUCUGGUAAACAGGCUUCUAUAAGCAGGUUCUUCAGGGCAGCAAGCCCCAAAGCGAAGGCGACUGCAAACGCUGGGCUGAGCUCAGGCGCAGGUUCUUCACGUAGGUCAGAGGUCAAGCCUGGAUCUGGAAGGAAGAAGAAACUCAGUUCUGAGGAAGAGGAGUCCCAGGCACAGCAGGCUAAGCGGUCCCGUGGUGAGGAGGAGGAUGAGAGUGGCCCUCUGGUUCAGAGUGGUGAUGCGUCUCGGGGAGCUGCCCAGGUGUCGAGUGUCUCCUCGCCCACCCUGAACAGGCUGAGGGGCUUCAGCAGCGCAGCUGGCCCGCGGGGUUCAGGGGCUGCAGGCAGGGUGGCGGGGCGCAAGAGUGGCGGCCCCCUGGGCCAGCGUCGGGGCGACAGCAGGGAGGAGGAGGAAGAGGGUACUGAAGAAAAGGGUUCCAAACACAAGAAACAGAACGGACAGGGUCUAAACCUGGGCCAGUUCGCCAAGGUGAGCAGUGGAGGAGCUGCAAAGAAAGGCCCUUCGGAGAUCAGCCUCCCCAACCGGAGAACCAAGUGCAUCUACACCCCUCUGGAGCUGCAGUUCCUGGAGAUCAAGCAGCAGCACAAGGACGCCCUGCUGUGCGUGGAGUGUGGCUACAAGUACCGCUUCUUCGGAGAAGAUGCAGAGAUUGCUGCGAAGGAGCUGAACAUUUCAUGCCACUUGGAUCAUAACUUCAUGACGGCAAGCAUCCCCACUCACAGGCUGUUCGUACACGUGCGGCGCUUGGUGUCUCAGGGCUACAAGGUGGGCGUGGUGAAGCAGACGGAGACGACGGCGCUGAAGGCGGGGGGCGCGAACAAGAGCUCCCUCUUCACCCGGCAGCUCUGCGGGCUCUACACCAAGUCUACGCUGGUGGGGGAGGAUGUGAACCCUCUGCUGAAGCUGGGCGACCUUGAGGAGGCGGAGGAUGUGGUCCUGGACUCCCCCAACAACUACCUGCUUUGUGUGAGCGAGAGCUGGGACAGCAGGAGGCAGGAACUCUCUGUAGGCAUUGUGGCAGUGCAGCCCAGCACCGGGGACAUCGUGAUGGACUGCUUCCAGGACGGGCCGUCCCGCUCGGCGCUGGAAGCCCGUGUCCUGCGCGUGCAGCCGGUGGAGAUCCUGGUGCCCAGCGACCUCUCGGAGAGCUCGGACCGGCUUCUCCGUGGUGUCGCCUCCGCCAGUGUCCAGAACGAUGACCGGAUCCGUGUGGAGCGCAUGGACGGCAGCCACUUUGAGUACAGCAGAGCCCUUCAGGUGGUGUCCGACUUCUACACGGGCGCCUCUUCCGGGAAGCCAGGAUCGCAGUUGCUCUCCAGUAUAAUUAGCCUGGACAGGCCUGUCAUCUGCUGUCUGGGAGCUGUCAUAAAGUACCUGAUUGAGUUCAACCUGGACAAAGUGCUGCUGUGUACCAGCUCCUUCAGGCAGCUCUCCAGUGAAGCCGAGUACAUGACGCUGAGCGCCACCACCAUGAAGAACCUGGAGAUUCUGCACAACCAGACGGACAGGAAGACAAAGGGCAGCCUUCUUUGGGUGAUGGAUCAUACCCAGACUCCUUUUGGCAAAAGACUGAUGAAGAAGUGGGUGACACAACCUUUGAGAUCAGCUGAGGAGAUCGGAACGCGCCAGGACGCCGUGGCAGAAAUCCUCUCGUCCGAGUCCAGUGCUCUGCCCGCGGUCCGAAACCUGCUCGGCAGACUGCCAGACCUGGAGAGGGGCAUCUGCAGCAUCUAUCACAAGAAGUGCUCCACACAAGAGUUCUUCCUCAUCACCAGCACGCUGUCUCGUCUGGAGGCGGAGCUCCAAGCUGUACUGCCUGCUGUCCAAUCACAGCUGAGCUCCAGCCUCCUGAAGGACCUCCUCCUGACCAUGCCCCAGCUGCUGUCCCCAGCACAGCACUUCCUCAAGGUCCUCAACGAGAAGGCAGCCAAGACAGGGGAUAAGACCCAGCUCUUUACAGACCUGACAGACUUCCCUGUCAUCAAGAGGAGGAAGGAGGAGAUUCAGGGGGUCAUCUCGGAAAUUCUGGAGCACCGGAAGGACGUCCGCCUCAUUCUGAAGAACCCGUGCUUAGACUACGUGACUGUGUCUGGCCAGGAGUUUCUCAUUGAAGUGAAGAACGCCAUGGUUUCCAGAGUGCCCUCUGACUGGGUGAAAAUCAGCAGCACAAAGGCGGUAGGACGGUUCCACUCUCCUUUCAUUGUGGAGAAGUACCGCUGCCUCAGUCAGCUCCGAGAGCAGCUCGUCAUCGACUGCGGCCAAGAGUGGACCAAAUUCCUCCAUCAGUUUGGAGAACACUAUCACAUUAUCAGGAAAGGAGUCUGUCACCUAGCAACCGUUGAUUGCAUCUUCUCAUUGGCAGAAGUUGCUAAGCAAGGCAAUUACUGCAGGCCGCUGGUGCUGGGGGACGAGCAGCAGAUCGUGAUAAAGGAGGGCAGACACCCAGCGAUUGACCUGCUGAUGGGGGAGCAGGACCAGUACGUGCCCAACAACACCGAGCUACAGGGCGACGGGAGGAGGGCCAUGAUCAUCACCGGACCCAACAUGGGCGGGAAGAGCUCCUACAUCCGCCAGGUGGGCCUCAUCACCAUCAUGGCCCAGGUGGGCUCCUUCGUCCCUGCCGAGGAAGCUGUCAUCGGGGUGGUCGAUGGCAUUUUCACCAGGAUGGGUGCUUCCGACAACUUGUCCAGGGGCAGGAGCACCUUCAUGGAGGAGCUGUCCGAGGCCUCGGAGAUCCUGCAGAGAGCCACGUCUCGGUCCCUGGUCAUCCUGGACGAGCUGGGGCGCGGCACCAGCACGCACGACGGCACCGCCAUCGCCUACGCCACCCUGGACUACUUCAUCAGAGAAGUCAAAUCCCUGACGCUGUUUGUGACCCACUACCUUCCGCUGUGUGAACUGGAGAGGCUGUAUCCUCAGCAUGUGGGCAACUACCACAUGGCCUUCCUCCUGAGCGAUCAGGACGCAGAGAGUGACGGUCCAAGCGAGGAGAUGCAGCCCGAGUUCAUCACUUUCCUCUAUCAGCUGACUGAGGGGGCUGCAGCCAGGAGCUACGGCCUCAACGUGGCCAGACUGGCCAAGAUCCCAAAGGACAUCAUCUGGAAAGCCCAGGAGAAGUCCAAGGAGCUAGAGGGGCUCGUAAAUGCAAGGAGAAAAAACAAGAAAGCGUUCUGUGAAGCCUUGAACAUACAAGACAAAAGGAAUUUAAUGGACUGGAGACAGAACAAUUCAUGAGCUCUUGUCUUGCAUAACCACUGUUAAAAACCUGCUUGCACUGUUGAAACCUGCUUGCACAUUUCUCAUUGUAAGGUUUUGAGACUGUUAACUGCACUAAAGGCAUGGUUUUUAUAUCCUGUAGGACACUCGAUCGAAAAUUAGGAUGUGAGCAUAUUAUUGUUCUGUAGUUGUCACAGACAAAGUGGUAAGAGCAGAUUUUAGGAGCUAAUCAUUUUUUCCUCUUGUAUGAUCUACUGUUCAGUAUCACAGGAAUUUGUUAAAGGCUGUUUGGCAAAGAAAAUUUAAGUUCUUUCAAAACCAGAUUACCUUAGAUUGCUGUGGUGUAUUUUUAAAGCCGUUGUUUUUUUGGUUUUGAUAAGAGGAUUACUUACAGGUAAAACCGUGGUUUCGAUAGAAGACUUUUAGGAGAUAAGCCAUGAUUUUUUGACAAUAAGCCAUCAUGCUUCAUAAUCAGUUUAUAGCUACUACAUCCAGACCUGGUGAUGUAAUCUCUGCUGAAUGUUUAGAUAAGUUUCAGAUUCUUUUUAAAGAGGUGAUUGUCACUCCAUUUGCUCAUUUGUAAGUAAAGUCAAUCUCUUUAAUUAUAUCUAGAAUGCUAGAGGUGGCUAAUCCUCUGCAGUGUUAACAAGCAGUGGUUUCUUUUAUUGAUGUGCACUGGCUGAGAACUGGAUAAGUGCCGUAACUAAACCAGCUUUAAACAUUAUGACAGGGCUUCCGUAAACUUGAUUAUGUUAUGUCUGGUGGCUAAUUUGCAUUAGAUGUGCAAAAAUUAACUUUACACACCUGUAUUUUGUAUCUUUUUUUGUAAGAGACUGUCUUGCUGCCAGUGAUUUUCAUUUCAGGUAUUUUAAGUUCUUUUUUAAAGCUGCCUGAUACAACUAGACUGCAGUUGUCAUUUGUUGUGAAAAAUAAAAUGAUAUUGUACUCCU